GUUGGGAUCUGGCCCUGGAUUUUGGGAAAAGCUAUUUUAAGCUUCCCUGUUUCGUCUCGCGUUUCUUGCUUUCUUUUUCUUCUCACUUUACUACUUUGCAAUCAGAAGCCAACUUCUUGGUGACCAUACUUACCUGCUACUCGCUGCUACUUCCAACGCCCCUGACCCUUUCCUUUCUUCGACUGAUCGACUUGUACAUAACAAUGAAAACUGUCAUCAUCAAACUUGGCGGCGCGGCAAUUACCAACAAGAAGGGUUCCUGUCAACUCGCUGAUGAACAUACACUGGAUGCGUUGAUGCAACAGAUCCAGCAAGCCCACGAAUAUCUCUCUGCGCAAGGCCACCGCCUCAUCCUCAUCCAUGGCGCCGGCAGCUUCGGACACCCUCAGGCCCGCCAAUACAAUCUCAAACAGGGCUGGGUAACAACCUCUGGCCUAUCCACACCACCCUUGACGAGUGCCGACGACGACGAUCCGCUGGACCAAAAGGCAGGAUUCGCGCAUACGCGCAAGUGUCUUUUGGAGCUGCAUCUGGCGCUACUUUCGCGAUUGCAACAGCGUGGCCUCCCGGUCCUUGGCCUAUCACCCUUCGAGCACUUGGAGACGGACGGUGGAGACAAGAGCCCGAACGCAUGCUUUGAGAAGCUCGCCAACCGCACGAGCCAGUACCUGAAACUAGGUUUCAUCCCAUUGUUGCACGGAGAUGCUGUUCUGGAUCGCUCGCUCGGUUGCACCAUUCUUUCAGGCGAUAUUGUCAUGCACAAGCUCGUCAUGCUGAUGCCCAACAUCACGCGCUGCGUGUUUGUUACCGACGUGGAAGGCAUCUAUGAUGCAGAUCCAAAGACGACAAAGCGUCCCAAGCUGAUCAAACACAUGCCCGUCCGCGCUGAGGAGGAGAACAACAACAACAACAACAACAACAACAAGCGUUUGCCUAAACGCGGCAGUGCAACCAAGACUGCAGCAAACAGAAAACAACGCCGCUUGGCCCCUGUCUCCACCGGCGUCGUCGACGUUACUGGCGGCAUGGGCGGCAAGGUCAAGUGGGCCCGUCAAAUCAUGCUCGAUGCCGCAUCCACGCUGAAACGAACCGAUUUGGAUAUCGUCAUUUGCAAGGCGGCCUCGCCCGAAGCUACCAGGGUGAUGAGUCUUGAGCCUGUCCUCGAAAAAGGGUUGCCUGUGCCUGGUCAGCUCAUGACAGUGUUCUCCUGGGCUCAGUAACUGUUGCUGUUGCACUUUGUGUGCGGUUGCAUCAAACACGACCAUACCAGUGUGUUACCAAAGCAUCCUUCGCCCUUCUUUGCUCUCUUCCGUUCUGCCUCCGCCUUCCCCAAACCACCGUCACCACCCAAAAGCAUCCAUCCACCCGCCUUUUCACCGAGAGAGAGAGCGAGAAAAAAGCUACUUGAUAGAUGUCGUCGUUGCCUAUAUCGAUUUGUGAUACCCGUUCAUUAUCUUUCUACUCGUUCAUUGCCAUUUUUCUGUACACUACAUUAUUUUAUCAGUUUGUCUGUUUUCUUUUUCAGUCGCUUUAGAUACUAUUAAAAAAGAUUUGCAU